GUGUUUUGGUACUUAAAACCAAAGAUGAUGUACGAAGAUUGCGUGAUAAAUAAGUUGAUGAUAAGCAACAGGAAAAACCUCACCUGGUUAACUAGUUUACUAGUUACUAGCCGGUCCUAAGCCCGGGUAAAGAGGGAAGGUUGGGCAUAGGGCUAGCAACCUUACCCCGCAAAACAAAUCUAACCGCUAAAGAAACUUCAAAGCACAAACAAAAUAUAAAAAAUGAAAACAAACUUAUUCCCCGCUGGAAUCGCAGAGGCGAAAUGACGCCAAAUGGUGAAAGCCUUCGGGAAGCCAAUUGGCCGAUGUGUCUUCUCUCGAUGAAAGCGAAAGUAAACGUGGGGACAUGGAAUGUCCGCACGAUGUUUGAACCCAGUAAGGCAGCACAGAUUGAAAACGAGAUGAGAAGGUAUAACAUCGAAGUGCUUGGGAUUUGCGAAAGCAGAUGGAAUGGGAGUGGACUCUCCAAACUGUCAACUGGAGAAUCAAUAAUCUACUCCGGUCACCCAGACGCCAACCACGAGCACACUGAGGGAGUGGCUAUCAUGAUGUCCUCAAGAGCAUCGAAGGCUCUCAUGCAGUGGGAACCAAUCUCCUCCUGCAGGAUCAUGACAGCAAGAUUCAACUCAAAAGGAAGAAAGGUCACAAUCAUACAAUGUUAUGCACCUACAAAUAAUGCAGAGCAAGAGAAAAAGGAGGAUUUCUACAGACAACUUCAAUCAACACUGGGCAAGACAUCAGUUGGCGAUAUCAAAAUUCUGAUGGGCGACAUGAAUGCGGAACUGGGAGGGGACAACACGGGAAGAGAACUAACCAUGGGUCGAGAGGCGCUAGGUGAGGUGAUGAACGAGAAUGGAGAAUUGUUUGCAGAAUUCUGUGCAUUCAACGAUUUGGUGAUUGCAGUGAGGCAGCGUGUUCAGGCACAAAGAUAUCCACAAAGCGACAUGGACUUCACCAGAUGGACACACUAAAAAUCAAAUCGACUUUAUCUCAAUCUCAAGAAAAUGGAGACGCAGUCUACUUAACACAAGGUCAAGAAGAGGAGCAGAUGUAGGUUCAGACCACUAUCUAGUGCAAGGAACCUUCCAAAUCAAGUUAAAAGCCUUCAAGGAAGCUGGUGAUAGACCUCAAUUCAAGUACAACACUCGGAAACUGAAGGAUGAAACUACAAAGGAGAUCUUCAAGGCAGCCAUCAAGACAAAAUGGGAGACAUCGAGGGACA